AUGGCCGAUGGCGACUCAAGUGAAACCGUGGCCUCUCAACAGAAGGAGGAAAGAGAAGAAAAGCAAGACGACCUGAGUUCGUCGGAUAGUUCAGAAUCCGAAUAUGAGUCCGACGACGCAUCGGAAGGUGAAUACGAAGAGGAAGAACCACUCAUUUUUACUCGACGGACAGAGGAGCUGACGGAGGCGGACAACAAUGAGGAAACGAACAUUAGACGGCUUAAUAAAGCCCUCGGCGGAAAGCUCGUGAAGAAGAUGCAAGAAGAGGAGGAAGAGACCGUUGUGUAUCAUGAAGACCUCUUUGAUUUUCCCAAAGACCCUGAGAAUUGGACUGAGGAGGACCUGCAGGAGCUUUGGAUGGAUGCUCCAUUGGAAAUGGAAAAGCCUGGUUGGGACCCAAUUUGGGCUGACGAGAAGGAUUGGGAGGUAAUGAGGGACGAGGUUGAGGCUGGGAAAGAUCCUCCGAUAGCGCCAUUCUACGUCCCUUAUCGGAAGCCAUACCCUGUAAUUCCAGAUAACCAUUUUGAUAUACCAAAUGCAAAAUCAGUGAUUGAAGAAUUGGAUAGAAUUGAGGAAUUUCUCAAAUGGGUCAGCUACAUUUUUCCUGAUGGAAGCUCGUAUGAAGGAACUGUUUGGGAUGAUUUGGCUCAUGGUAAAGGUGUUUACGUUGCUGAACUGGGGCUGGUCAGGUAUGAAGGUGAAUGGGUUCGGAACAAUAUGGAGGGUCAUGGGGUGGUUGAGGUUGAUAUUCCUGACAUAGAACCUGUGCCUGGUUCCAAGCUCGAGAAAAAGAUGCGUGCGGAAGGAAAAAUAAUCUCGAGAGAUUAUAUGACUCCAGAAGACAAAAAUUGGCUGGAAAUGGAUAUUGAAGAUAGUAUCCAUCUGGCUGGAGGAAAUUAUGAGAUUCCUUUUUACGAGAGACAGGAAUGGAUCAAAUAUUUCGGAGGGAAACCGGAGAAAGGUCGGUACCGUUAUGCUGGUGAAUGGAAGCACGGCAGGAUGCAUGGAUGUGGAGUGUAUGAAGUUAACGAACGUCCAAUAUGGGGCAGGUUCUAUUUUGGGGAGCUGUUGUAUGAUUCUACUGGAUGUGAUGAGGACACUUCAGCGCUUCAUGCAAGCUUAGCAGAAGUUGCUGCAGCAAAGGCCCGAAUGUUUGUCAACAAACCUGAUGGAAUGAUUAGAGAAGAGAGAGGUCCAUAUGGUGAUCCUCAGCAUCCCUAUUUCUAUGAGGAAGAAGAUACAUGGAUGGCGCCAGGUUUCAUCAAUCAGUUUUACGAAGUACCUGACUACUGGAAAACGUACGUGCACGAGGUAGAUGAGGAGAGAGAAAUGUGGUUAAAUUCGUUUUAUAAAGCUCCGCUGAGAUUACCAAUGCCUGCAGAACUUGAAUACUGGUGGGCACAAGAUCAUACUCCCGAGUUCGUUCUCGUCAACAAGGAACCAGAGCCUGAUCCUGAAGAUCCAUCAAAGCUUGUAUAUACUGAAGAUCCUCUCAUCCUACACACACCAACAGGACGGUUAAUCAAUUAUGUUGAGGAUGAGGAGCAUGGGGUUCGCAUGUUUUGGCAGCCACAGGUGGAAGAAGAGGAAGAUGUAGACCCGGAGAAGGUCGAGUUCUUACCACUUGGCUUUGAUGAGUUUUAUGGGACAAAGACACCUGAAAAGAAGGAAAACAUUUUGAUGCGGCUCGUAUCCACCCUGGAAAAGGGAUUGAAACCGAAACUCGAAAAAAUUGGAAAAUGGGCUGAAGAGAAAAAGAAAGAGAGUGAGUUGAAGAAGCAACUAAUUGAAAAGGAACUUGAACUGAUAGAAGCUGAAAUUUGUUUGGAAGAGGCAAUAGAGGAUAUGGAUGAGAUGCUGAAAAGGAAAGAGAAAGAGGAAGAGGAAGAGGAAGAGGAAGCAAAGAAGGGUUUGCUUGAUGAAGAUGUUACUUCAUCAACCAACCAAGAUAAAAAGGCUUCGGCCGAAGAGGAAGGUGAAGACGACGAAGACGACGAAGACGAUGACGGGGAUGAUGCUCCACCGUCUAGUUUUGAUGCUCCACCUUCCAGUUUUGGCUCUGUUUCAGCUGAUCAAAAGCCAAGCAAGCCACGAGAUUCACCAUUUUCUACAGCUUCACUGCAUUUUGCUUCUAGUACUCUUGUUUCAGGGGUACCAUCCAGACUGAUUCAAUCCAUUUUGCCCUGGACCAAGGGUAGAUCGACGUUAAAGGCGCCACCACCGUCCUCACGUGAUGACCGCCACUGUUGCUCGGAAUCGUUUCAUUCUGUCUGUUUUCCAAGGAUGCCAAGCUCAAGGGGAAGCUUGAAGGCCAUUGUACCAUCAAAAUUGCAGAACAAAUCCAGAAUCCACCCAAUUCAAAAGAAAUUGCAGCUGCAGCUGCGUUCAAGAGCUGAAUCUCAUUCAUACCACCACUUAGUUUCGUUAAAUCCCGACGAGUUUCCGAUGUGUAAUGGUCAGUUCUCCGAAACAGGAGGGAUUAAACACAGCAUACUGUCUUGGCACACACCAUUAGAUGAGUUGGAAUCAUAUGCAGAAACUACCAAAAGAUAGGCUUUUGUAUAACUUUUUCUUCACUUGAUUUCAGAGAUAAAUUUUGCAAGAACUACAUUGGAUUAGUUGUAUUUCUUUAAACGUACAUCACAUGGCGAUGAAAUGGGUUUCAGGCCGCUUUUAAAAUUAA